AUGAUUGUUCCAUCAGAUUCAGAAACAAAAGAAGUACUUGAAUUAUUCAAAAGAUAUUAUGGAGGAUAUUAUAACAAUUACAACAGUGGAUGGUAUAGAUGGAGGUGGUUACUUUGGUUAUUAGUAUUAAUUCCAAUUUUCUUCUUUUUAAUAUUAUUUUGUUGUAGAAGAAGAAGAUCAACAUCACAAGUUUAUUAUCCAGAUAAUAAUCAACAAUAUUAUCAAAAUAAUCAACAACAACAAUAUGUUCCACCAGAAAAUCCUCAAACUUCACAAACUGGUGGAUAUAAUAAUCAACAAUAUGGUAAUGAUGGUUAUGGUGGUUAUGGUGGAGGUCAACAAAAUAAUGGUUAUUAUGGUAGAGAAGCUGAACAUGAUGUUGGUGGUAAUGAACAAUUUUCUGCUCCAGAUGGUCCUCCACCUGCUCAUACUAAAUACUAG